UGUUCUGCGCUUUCAGAUACGGUCGUUGUUUGAUUUCAUUUUAUAUAGCUUAGACAAAUAACAAAUAUGUUUUACUUUUAAUACAAUGGCUUCGACUGCUGGAAUUAUAAUUAUUAACGCUGUUUUAUUCGGAACAGUUUACUCAAACAAAUGCAGUUCAUUUGAAAUAAGCAAGGACAAUCUUAAUAAAGCCUUGAUCGGUCAUUCCGUGUUAGAAGUUAAUGAUAAAAACCAUCACGAUUGUGCGCGAACCUGUAUGUCAAUGUCCGUCUGUAAAUCUAUCGACUUUGACAGAAACGAGCACGUGUGUAAAUUAAACCAUGUUGACCAGUCGUCUGUUGAUCCAUCGGAGUUUGAAAUAAAGCGAGGUUCUAUAUUCUCUGAUAUCAGCGAAUGGCCUAGCAGAAUGGUUGGAAGUUGUGGCUCAAGGCCGUGUAAAGCGAACCAAAGAUGUUACCAAAAAGGUGCUUCACAUGUGUGCAAAGACUUAACUUGUGCUUUGGAUCAGAAAAUUGAAAAUGGUAAAAUACAGAUUAGUGCACCUGGCGAAAACAAGUUUCUUGACGUAGCUCAAGUAAAAUGUGACUUUGGUUAUGUUCCUAGUCAACAAGAGGUGAAAUGUGAGGCUUCAGGAAAAUGGCAGCCUGCAGCGUGUAAAUUAACAAGUGAUUGUAAAGAAGUCCUUGAUAAGUUUCCUUACGCGAAAAGUGGACAAUAUAAGAUAGAACUUUGGACAUCUGGGGAAAUUGUGACUGUGAAUUGUGACAUGGAAACCGAAGGCGGUGGAUGGACGAUAUUUCACAGGCGAAUGGACGGGUCAGUGGACUUUUACCGCAACUUUACAGAGUAUGAGAAUGGCUUUGGGAACGUUGAUGGAGAGUUGUGGUUAGGUUUAAAGUUUAUACAAGAACUAGCUGAACAAGGUUCUACAGAGAUUCGUCUUGACAUAACAAGAAGUGAUGGAAAGCCAGGUCAUGAAACAUGUCCAGGCUUUAAGUUAACAGAAGGAACACGUUAUACACUAGACAUUGAGCCAUGCACAAGUACUGGAAUGAGAUAUGCCGGCACUUUUUUCUAUGCUAAUCAAAUGCCGUUUACUACUUACGACCGUGAUCUCGACCUGGAUUCAGAUUUUAACUGCGCUGUGAAGAAACAUGGAGCCUGGUGGUAUAACGCCUGUUCUUAUGUCAAUCUAAAUGGAUUAUAUGUGACGCCAGGCACGGAAUGUGAAUUUCCCGGUGCCGUAAAUGGUAUUUGUGGACACAAACAUUAUGGAUUUGAUCUUUUAAAUGCAUUGAGAACGUCAUCAAUGAUGAUAAGAAGAAAAUAAGAUAAGUAAUCAAAAGAAGAGCUCAUAAAUUCAGA